CCCGGAAAUGUCAACACAACAAAACCAGAGGACUGAAAACAUACUAUCUCUAAAAUUAGUUUAAAAUGUUUUACUGUAUGUUAAUGUAUUUAUGAUAAGAGGACACAUAGGACAGUACGUGUAUAUUCAAGAAUCUAGCUAUGUUUAAAUGGUUUUUAUGUUCAUAAGACGAAGGAUGUUUAAGAACAUGUUUAAAUCCGGGUGUUUAGUUCGGACUGCUCAUGUGAUUCUGACCUGGAUCACAACUUUAGUGCUCUUUCUGCACAACACAGAUCUUCGUAAGUGUCAGGAGAGAGGAGAUCUGUUCCAGCCGGUGGUCUUCAGCUCCGUGGUGCUGCUCUCUGUACUGAUGUACUUCACCGUGUCUCUGAUGGAUCCUGGCUUCGUUCUGUCUGACAGCGACACAGAGGGAACGUCGGCGAACAGUAAUGAAGAACUGGAGAAGAUGAUUCCUCAAGAUCUCAGUUCUGUGAAGCAGAGACGCUGUGGCUACUGCUUUAAACUGCAACCGAUGAGGGCCAGGCACUGUAAAACCUGUAAGUGCUGUGUGAGGCGCUUUGACCAUCACUGUCCCUGGAUAGACAACUGUGUUGGAGAGAGGAAUCACAAGUGGUUUCUGCUGUACCUGUGUGUGCAGUUUGUGGCUGUAUCGUGGGGUUUACAGGCUUCAUGGUCCGGCGUGGUCUCAGCACCCACCUGGCAGCAGUGGUUCACUAAGAACGGAUUCCUGCUCGGGGCGUUUGCGCUGACGGCCGUGUUUUCGGUGGUGGUGCUGCUCCUGCUGUGCAUCCACCUGUACCUGGCCUCGGUGAACAGCACCACCUGGGAGUUCAUGUCCCGCCAGCGCAUCCUGUACCUCAAACACCGCGACUCGGAGGAGAACCCGUUCGACAGAGGACUCGUCUGCAACCUGUGGGACUUCUGCUGCGUCUGUGGGACAGUAGCGUGGGAGAGGAUCUACAUCAGACACACCAACGGGGCUAAAUGAGCCGAUUUUAUCAUCAAGGAGAAGUCCACAGAAACAUUGAAUGUUUUAUUGAGCGUCUCUUUAGACCGUAUUUUUACUAAUACUGAUGUGAGGUGGUUAUUUGCAACAUUUAUGAAGUAAAUCUGCAGGGAACAUGUACAGUAUCUACUUUAUAAAUGGGUUAAGGAUGUUUUCUACUCAUUUGUUGCAUGAUAUAUAAUGAGGGAUGGUUCCCAAGAGAUUCUUUUAAAUCUUGCUUUUUUUAUUUUGCAUAAGUAGUUAAUUUUAUAUGUGACUAAAUAAAUGUUUUGCACACAAUAUUUAUUGACUUUGCUAAUGAAUGAUUCUUAUAAGCCUGAAAAAAAAAAUGCUUCAGUGAAUAAAGGUAGUUCUGAGCUGUU